CGUCUGUUAGUGUGCAGCCCUGGUAAUUUUGUGUUUGUUUAGUUUUUGUGCAAAAUAUUUUGUUUUUCUAUCCAAUAAUUGGUGAUCAAUAAGCAGUUAAUUGUGUAAAAAAUGAGUGCAAACGAGACAGCAAAGCAACUGUCGAUUGUGGAUAUACGAAAUUAUAUGCUGCAAAACGACGGCAAGGUGACAAAUCAUGCACUCGUCAAGCACUUCAAGAAAUAUCUAACGCACACACAAAAUGAGGCCGAGGCACGAAAGCGUUUCAAAACCUAUGUAACGCUGCUCUCCACAAUCAAGAAUGAAAACAAUCAAAAGUAUUUGAUACUACGCAAAAAGUAUAUCAAUGAGUGUCCAAGCGACGAGUUUGUGGAACGAGCCAUCGCAGCUGCGGGCAAUGCCUCUACGCCGUCCAGCCCGGGAGCUGGUUCCAUUGUGUCCGUAACCGAUAGCGGCAUCUCGCCAAUGAGGCAGCCGCCGCCCUACAUAGCGCCGCCUGAAGUGCAGCAGUCGCCAGCACCAGAGCCGGAACCAAGUGCUCCAGUGAACACCGGCUUGGCCGUACAUCAGGAUCAAGUGGAAAGUUAUCGGGAGUGCGUUAACGAAUUCACAGCUGCCAUGCAACGCAUUGACCCAGCACGUCUCGUGCGCCAAUCAGAUAUUGACAAGAAGAACGAACAAGAUUCCGAAACCAAUGCCGAGGCUAAUGUUAAUGCCGAGGCUAAAGACAAUGCCGAUAAUAAUGGCAAUGCCAGGUCUAUAUCCCGUGUCAAUUCCGUGGACGAAGGCAGCAAUAAGGAGAAUAUACCACGUUUCUCCUUCUCAUCGGGCGCUUCAACCGAUAGCUCCUGUGCAGACAAGGUAGACGCAGCUGAGAAUCCCAUCAGCGUUAAGGAAGCGACACGCAAAUUCAACCGGAUGGCGUCCGAAGAAGAAGCAAAAAUAAUAUCGCCGCCGCCCAAGAAAAAGCCAGAGAAGUUAAUUGAGGAAAAGGAUUCACCCGAUGUUACCAUGUCGCACUCGAAAGCCAAGGAAUGGAUUGUCUCAAUGGCCAAAGUCAAUUAUCAAGAGCUCGCUAAGCUGGCUAAUGAUUAUCCAGAACUUGUUAAGCUACAAUGUCCAGCUACAGGUUAUACCGCUUUACACUGGGCUGCCAAGCAUGGGAACGAGGAUGUGGUCAAGCUGAUUGCCGGCACCUACAAAGCUGAUGUCAAUGCCAGAACGCAUGGGGGCUACACCCCGCUACACUUGGCUACACAAUUCGGAAGGCAUAAUAUUUUCGAGCUACUAUGGAAUGUUUACAAGGCCAAUCGUGACAUUAUGGAUUGGAGUGGCAAUAAGCCACUGGACUAUAGUCAACAGCGACCCAGUGUUUCGGCCUCAACGUGCAGCAAAAUCAAGGCACGAAAAAAGCAUGCAAUCGAAAAAGAUUUGGGCUUCCUGCGGAUUGGUUCGUUGAAUGUCCGGGUAAAGAAAACAACCGAGGCGUUCAGCAACUUCUUGGGAGUGGGCAAUGGCAAUACCCUGACGGCGUAUGGACCUGGCGGCGCAGCGGUAGCCCCAGUCCAAGCGGGUCGCCAUCACCAGCGAUCUCACCGUCACCAUCAUCAGCGUCAUCCACAUCAUGCCAAUGGUACGACACGGGAUCGGCAUCCGAAUCAGAGAGCAUCGACGACAAUACCAUACGGCUCGAGUAAUGUGCUGGGCUCCCGUUCCAGUGUGCCAAUCAAUAGGAACAUAUAUGACGCCGUACACAAGUCGUGGGGCUCAGCAGAUAGUAUUACACAGCGUCCCGAUACGCUAAUGCCGCCACCGAAAUCGGUCUCAAAGCGUUACAAAUCUUCGAAACGUUCAUCAUAUUCCUCGAAUGCCACCGACUCGCCCCGUGACUCCAUUUGUUCUUCGAAUUCCAGUUCGAAUCUCAACUCUGGCUACAGCAGCAUGCCAACCACUCCAAAUCAAAUACGUGCUCCGAAAAGCAUUGGAAUCACAGCCGAUUCCGAUUCGGAUUCAGCCUGUGGCUUUGACUCCAAUUGGUCUGUGAACGACCGCAACUCAGUUAACAAUAAUAUCCUAAGAUCCUAAAAUCGAAAUUUUCCGAAUACUUUA